CUAAUCUUAUCUCACCAUAACUGAGUUCAAACCUUCAAAACCAGAUCACAUAGUUCCUUAAAAUGGAGGGUGGUUUCUUUAACACAAGGUUUUUAUUCUCAGUGUUUUACGUUGUGAUGCUAGCUAAUGAUUUGCUUGUGAAUGUGCAUGGCCAAGGGACUCGUCUAGGGUUUUACUCAACCACGUGCCCACGAGCAGAGUCAAUUGUGAGAUCUACGGUUCAAGCUCAUUUCAACUCUGAUCCUUCCGUGGCCGCUGGCAUACUGAGGUUGCACUUCCAUGACUGCUUCGUCCGAGGCUGCGAUGCGUCGGUCCUCGUGGACGGAUCCGGGACGGAGAAAACGGCCAGCGCGAACGGCGGGUUGAGAGGGUUUGAGGUCGUCGACGACGCCAAGAAGCAGCUGGAGGCUGCAUGCCCUGGUGUGGUGUCUUGUGCUGACAUACUUGCCCUUGCUGCUCGAGAUUCUGUGGUUCUGAGUGGAGGGGUAAGAUGGGAAGUUCCAACAGGGAGAAGAGAUGGGAGAGUAUCGAAGGCUUCUGAUGCAGAAAACUUACCAGGCCCUUCAGAAUCUGUUCAUCAGCAGAAGCAGAAGUUUGCUGCGAAGGGCCUCAACACUCAAGACCUUGUCACUCUCGUUGGAGGGCAUACCAUUGGAACUACAGCCUGCUUAUUCUUCACCAACAGACUAUACAACUUCGACGGAAAUGGUAAUCCUGACCCUUCCAUCAACCCUUCCUUCCUCCCUCAACUCCGAUCACUUUGCCCUCAAAAUGGCGACGGCUUCAACCGGGUGGCGCUCGAUUUCGGGAGCCAGAACCGGUUCGACACAUCAUACUUCAACAAUCUGAAGAAGGGGCAAGGAAUUCUGCAGUCUGAUCAAGUACUGUGGAGUGAUGCUUCCACAAAGCCCUUUGUUCAAAGGUACAUGGGAGGGAAGAUAUUCAAUGUGGAGUUUGGCAAGGCUAUGGUAAAGAUGAGCAACAUUGAGGUCUUAACUGGUAAUAAAGGUGAAAUUAGAAAGAAAUGUUCUGCUUUCAACUAGAUAUGAAAUAGUUUUGACCUGUCUAGACGCAAAUAAAGUAAAGGGAGAAUAACAUUAAAGUCCAAAACAAUAAAUUUAUGACAGUUAAGUUCUUGACAAAAUUUUAUGAAAAAAGUUAUAAAUAUUAAUUCAUACAAUUAUAAAUAUGAUUGUAGUUGGAAUUCAUGUCAUAACUUUUUGCAUCAACAUUUAUAAUUUAAUUUUCAAAAAAUUUUAUCAAAAGUUUAACUGUCAUAAAAUCCCUACUCUGGGACUUUAGUGUUAUUCUCCCUAAAGUAGACCUAUUUUAUGUGCUUUGUAUGAAUCUAGAGAAGUCAGGACCAAAAAAAUGUGGACAGAAACUAGGGUUAUUGGCUAGUUUACAAGCAGAAGCAAAAAGUAAUGCUUCAUAUAGUUUGUUCAUGCUAUAUGAAUUGUAUUGUGUUCUCAAUCUGUCAAAUGUCAAAUUGAAAUAAUAACAAAGUGAAAUAUGAAAUAGUAUACAUGUUA